UUUUCUUGCUGCAAAUUCCCCAACUCUAACAUAGAUGUUAUCCACCAUCAACCCUCCCCUUCUUCACAAAAUGCAGAUCAUUAACAACUGGUUUCCACCCUUUCCAUCCUUCCAUAAAAUGCAUCCCAAUUCUCUCCUCCUCCUCCCAUUCCAAACCCUAAUUUUCAUUAUGUUUUUUUCCAAAUCCAAAACUCUUAAUUCUACAUCAAACCCUCCUCGUUACCGAGGUGUCCGUCGUCGAAGCUCCGGCAAAUGGGUUUCCGAGAUUCGAGAGCCGAGGAAGCCCAAUAGAAUUUGGUUGGGAACUUUUCCUACUCCUGAAAUGGCUGCCGUCGCUUACGACGUAGCAGCCCUAGCUCUCAAGGGCCCCAACGCUGACCUCAACUUUCCUAAUUCGGCAUCUUCGCUACCUGUGCCAGCCUCCACCGCUGCAUGUGAUAUUCAGGCUGCAGCCACGUCUGCUGCGGCUGCUAUAGGGGCGGCUGCAGCCGCAAUGGGGUUAGACGAUGGUAAUCACGUGAGUUCGAGUAGAGAAAACGAAGGAGAUGGAGAAGGAUGUGAGGAAGAAUUAGUAGGGGGGGGAUUUGUAGAUGUAGAUAUGAUAUUUGAUAUGCCAAAUAUUUUGAUGAAUAUGGCUGAAGGAAUGCUUCUUACACCUCCAUCCUUCAACUUCAACAUGAAUGCUUCAAACGAUUUUGAAUAUCCUUCAACCUAUUCUCAAGAUACCCUUUGGGAAUUCCCGUAAAAGAAAACCAUUUGGGAUACUUUUAAAAAAAUGGUAAUUAUAAUUAACAUAUAUAUUAGGUUAAAAAGAAAUUCUAGCUAUCAUGAAUGCAGUGAAUGGAUUGGUUUUAGUAGCUCUUUAGGCCUA